UCAGUUUUGGCGGGGGCAGCGCCGGCUGCGGAGGGAAAGGCUUCGCUCUCCGCGCUCCCGAUGCGUAUGGAGGAAUCCUCGUGAAAACAGCGUCCGAUGUUUCCCACCCCCCCCCAAAAAAAAUCCAAACCCAAACAAACCACCUACUUGGAUAAUUAAAACGGUUUUUGGCAGUAUCCAGUGUUGCUAAGGCUGAUUGAAUUCCUACUACCAGUCCUAUUCCCAGAGGCAGCUUUUCCAAGGUGAUUCCUGACACAGGAGAUGGUAACUGCUACGGGUAAAGACCAUCUUUAAAAGGGAACAUGGAUUUAAUAAACUCAACUGAACAAAACAGUACAUCAGAAGAACCUUUCAAAUGGGCGACAUCCAAGAUUCUCAUUUCCAUUACCCUCUCUGUGCUGGCUCUAAUGACAACGGCCAUCAAUUCUCUGGUGAUGACUGCAAUAAUUGUGACAAGAAAGCUCCACCACCCCGCCAACUAUCUCAUCUGCUCUCUUGCAGUGACUGACUUCCUUGUGGCAGUGCUGGUGAUGCCCUUCAGCAUUGUCUACAUCGUGAAGGAGACCUGGAUCAUGGGCCAGGUGGUGUGUGACAUUUGGCUGAGCGUGGACAUCACGUGCUGCACUUGUUCCAUCCUGCACCUCUCCGCCAUUGCUUUGGACCGGUACCGAGCGAUCACGGAUGCCGUGGAAUACGCCCGGAAAAGGACACCUAAGCACGCUGGCAUCAUGAUAGCAGUUGUAUGGAUCAUAUCCAUUUUUAUCUCCAUGCCACCUUUGUUUUGGAGGCACCAGACAACCAGCAGGGAGGACGAAUGCAUCAUCAAACACGACCACAUCGUUUUCACCAUUUACUCCACGUUUGGCGCCUUCUACAUCCCGCUGGCCUUGAUCCUGAUCCUGUACUACAAGAUCUACAAAGCAGCAAAGACAUUUCACAGGAGAAGCGUCAGCCGGAUCGUGAGGGAGGAGGGCGUGAACGGACAAGUCCUUUUGGACGCGGGUGAAAGAAGCACCAAAUCAGCUUCAAUGCCCAGCACAACAGAGAAGACCUCAGAUCCCCUGGUGAGCUCUGAUAAAAUCAACAUCACCCUACGAAGUCCCAGGUCUGAAUCCAAGCACGAGAAGUCCUGGAAAAAACAGAGAAUCUCCAGCACGAGAGAGCGAAAGGCAGCAACGACGCUGGGUUUGAUCCUGGGGGCAUUUGUGAUCUGCUGGCUCCCAUUUUUUGUAAAAGAAGUAGUUGUUAAUACCUGUGAAACGUGUCACAUCUCAGAGGACAUGUCUAAUUUCCUGGCAUGGCUGGGAUAUAUAAACUCCCUUAUUAACCCUUUAAUCUACACCAUCUUUAAUGAAGAUUUCAAGAAAGCCUUCCAGAAGCUUGUACGGUGCGGGCAAUACCUUUAAGAGCUUUUGUUCAUAUAAGAGAACACAUUCAUUGUUUUUUAACCUGUAUAAAUUUAUAUAACUGAGAUGGCAUUUGUUGUAUUUAAGGCAAAGCACCAGGACUCUGUAUUUGCAUUAUACUGACUUUUUUUGUAUAGGUAAUAUUGGGAGCAUUAAUUGCCCAAGUUUUAAAGAGAUGGAUCAUCUGGGAUUGGUUUUGCUCUAGAAAAAGAGGUAGCUCUGAUCCAGUUGGGAUUUGCACAGCUGCCUAGCUUGAAGCAUAAGGUAUUACCUUAAAUAUGAAGGAAAUAUGCACUUGAAGUAGAUGAAGAAACAAAACUUUUUUAAAAGUAACCCUCAGUCAUCAAUGAAAUGUUAAGUAAAACAAAACACACAUUUUAAACCCUACUGAUAUAAGAUAGAAAAUAUACCAUAUAAUGACCACAUGAUUUUAACAGUCUGGCACAGGCCUGCAGCAUAGAGCCAAGCCAUUCUCAGCCAAGGGUAGUAGCUUUAAAUAUAUCUACCAUCAUGCUAAGUCAGUGAGCUGCAGCUCUGCCUUGCUCCACAACCCAGCAGCAGGCAAGGGGCUCUCAGCACCCCAGCAGCAGGCAAGGGGCUCUCAUGGCUUACCAGUUUCAUAGCAAGCCAGUGUUGGGAGCCCCCUGCCACUGCACACCCACAGAAGAUGUGAGCAUAACACCGAGGGAAACAGCCAAACAUCUGGGGCUCCUCCAGUGAGCUGGUACACGGAGUGCCUGGUGCUCUGAGACACCACCUGUGAGGGAAAGGGAAGGUUCAUAAAGAGCAGCUGGUUCUCCUUGGGCAGAUAUUAGAGGGGAGAGAAGCAGGAGACAAGGAGACACUCCUUUCUCCAUGUCCUCACACCAGGCCAGGCACAGAGCCUGUGACCUGCAGCACCAACCCAGGCACAGCUCAUGCCAGGGCUGAGCACUGCUGACAGAGGGUGGCUCAGUAUGGUUUGAAGGACUGGGGCAACUCCAGCUCAGCAUGUUCAGCCCUCCAUCCUCAGAAGCCUGAUGCCCCUGAGCCUCUUCUCAACUGCCCCAAGCACCAGGGCUGUGCUGCCUUCCCAAGCAAGUGAGAAAGCACCACAGUGCUGGCAGCGUGGGUGUCUGGAAAAGGCUGUGCAGCACCUUCUGCAGCAGGGGAAGAGGAAGUGACCGCAGUAUGCACUGCACACCUGGGCAGGGAAUCCUGUGGGAUGCUCACCUCUAAACUCCUCCUUCCUCCAGAGCAUCCAUCCACAUCCCCAUUCCCAGCAGAGUUAACAAGGCAUUACAGAAACUCCAGCCCACCCUAAGUUACUUAGUCAAAUAUGACCUCUGUGAACAAAUCCCUUCCAAGGCCUGAAAGAUGGCAGCUUGGCCAAUCCUGACCAACAUGCUCUAGAUGCCAAGCCAUGAAGCUGUUAAGAGCCACACCAAAGCCCAGGUUUUGCACUUUUCAGGACAAACAGAUUCAGGCUGUGUCACUAAGAGCCCAGAUUCAAAUUCUUUGUCAGACAUUCAGUGCUGCCUCACAGGAACAGAGACUUGAAACUCCCUACAGGGAUUACAAACCACACUGUCAGCAGCAGCAACCUCCUGCAGAGGUUCUCCAGUUUGGCACCUGGGCCACCAGCCUAGGGACACCACAAAGGAACUGAGAAAUGACAGCACCAUGGUCACCUUUAGGUGGGGAAAGGUGUCACUGGCCCUUGCAAUUGCUCUUCCAAGAGACUUUGAGUGGUUUGUAUUAGAGAAAAGAGUCACUGUCAUUUGUCUCUCCCCCUCUCAUUCCUCUGUAUACAAACUCUGGAGUUUGUAAUAAUUUUUGUGUUUUCCCUGCUGGCUACCAGCUGACACAACAGCUGUCAAAAGGGUUUCCUGCAAGAUGACGAGGUUUGAAACUUGAGAUACUGAACUAAUUUGUUUCUGUCACUUACAGCUUACUGUAUUCUGCUUCCCCAUCGAGGUCCAAAUGAAAUGCUAUUCAGAAUUAGCAGAAACAGUGCAUUUGCUGUUGAUUUUAACACAGCCAGGGAUCUAAUGGAAAGCUCACUUGUCAUGCCAUGGAGCCCUAGCACAGCAGUGGCACAGCUAAAUUUUGAAGAUACUGGGAUGCGAUGGAGGGGAAUUGGCUCACGCUCAGCGCAAGCACAAGCUCACGCUCAGCACGCUUUAUUACCAUUGCAGUCAGAGCACAGCCUCUGCAGCCCCCAUGACCUCAGCACUGGCUGCAUUAUGCUGAGAGAAAAAAUUGCUCUCAGCAUCAGCUGUGCUCUGCUAUCUCCAGAAAGAGCCAUGAAUUUUAGCUUUCCAAAAGGAUUAGCAAAUUAGCAGGAGGCAGCACAGAAAAUCCCACAAAAUUUUUCAUUCUUGAAGGCCUCUGUUCCCACAUUUCCUGAGUCACAACCCUGGGUGUCUUGGGGGAAUCCAUUCCUCUCCCCCUGCCUCUCCCUUUAUGGCUGCUGGAGUACAGACUAUAUUGUUUAUCCUCUUACUAGGAAGAUGUUUGACAAUAUCUUGUGAAAUCAAAUUGGAAGGAAAAAUAGGGGCUGCUUUUCAGGAGAAAAGAUACUUAAAAUACUCAUUUAAAUAAUAAUGGGUGAAGCUGAAAGAAGGAACCAUAUGUAGAUAAACAGAAAAUAUCUGUCAUUUAUGCACUGUUAACAGUAUUAUACUCUGAAACUAAUUAAGCUGCUAAACAUUUCUCAAGAUGCAGGGUGGUUUCUUCUGUACUGUUUUCACUGAGCUGUAUCUGCUCACCAUUCAGCACAGCGGUGGGAGAGGCAACUACAAGAAAUCUGAUCAAACAAGUGGGAAGUUAUUCCAUUAAAAGCACUUGCAGCUUGUGGACCAUCAUUUUUUGGUGUCUGACUGCGACUCAUCAGUCGUUCCCUCACAGAACCCACUGUGCCAAACACUUCCCCACACAGCACCACACAGUAUCAUUUCAUCCUUAGCAUUCACCCAUGCAUGUGAUGCAUCCAGAAAAAAUACAAGAAUUCCCCUUUCAAAAUGGAUAGACAUUAAGAUGUCUGCAGGAUGCUGCUUUCCCUCCCCGUGAAGCACACAGGCUUCCACUGGACCUUCGCACCAGGUUCAAGGAGCACAAUUUUAAGCUCUGGAGCUAAGAUUUUUUUUUUUUGCAAGUAGUUCUGUGCCCUGUGAGAGUUCAGUCUCAGCAAAGAGAAAAAAAAGUGUGUCUGGUUUCCCACCUCUGCCAGAAGACUCUGAGUGUGUAUUUCAGGGAAAGGGUUUACAUGUCCUCCAGAGUUUGCACAGAGCUUCCUGAGUCCCUGUCACUGCUGCAGCUGCCCUCCCAUUGCUGUUUGCUGCCCAUCCAUCAGUUACAUUUAUUCCAACACUCAGAGAACUGGAUUUCGAGCACCUGACCCACUCCCACUUCAGCUUUCACAGAGAAUUGUUCCUGAAGCAGCAGUGAACACAACAUGCAGCUCAGGUGGAUGGUUUUUACAAACAACAAGCAGUCAGAUACACCUCGUUGUGCUGCACUCAUUUCUUUGCCUUUCCUCCCUGCCAGAUGCUUUACUGGUGUCCUUUCCUCCUGAGGAUGGCACACCCCUACAGAGAGCUUGGGGACUCAAAAACACAUUUGUUUUAGUGAUGCAGUCACACUUGUUAACACAUGACUGUGCCACCCAGGAACACCCACCUCAUCCAAAUGCGCUUUUGGCAGCCGCUGCCUUCAGCUGGCGCCUGAUUGUUCUCGGUGCUGGGGAGGUGCUCGGAAAUAGCUCCGUGCCAAAUUGUUUUCUCCAGCAGUUACAAACUCAGCACGUUAUUUCUAGGCAAGUACACAUUACUACUCGACCUUUGCACGUCACAUUCCCCUCGCAGAAGAGAAAAAGAAAAUCACUGCUGUAGCUGCUGCUGAAAACAAAA